GUUCAGGCUUCGCUGCCUCCCACAACGUGCCGGGAUGCUGCUGGGCCCAGGGAUGCACGACUGCGCAGGACGCCUGCUCCCUCAGCCAAAAAGCAGGAGUUCAGGUAGAUGGUUCCCUCACCACCUGUCAGCAAGCCCCAUGUGUGCCUCUCCACUGUGCUCAUCAUGACCAGCCUCGUCCUCAUGGAUGCCUACCUGGUGGAGCAGAGCCAGGGCUCCAGGAAGCUGGGCAUCUGUGUCAUGGUGGCAGUGGGUGACAUAUGCUUCCUGCUGGUCCUCCGCUAUGUGGCUAUCUGGGUUGGGGCAGAGGUAAAGACAGCUAAGCGAGGAUAUGCCAUGAUCCUCUGGUUCCUGUAUGUCUUCGUUCUGGAGAUCAAAGUCUACUUUGUAUACCAGAAUUAUAAAGCUGACCGGAAAAGCUUGGAUCUCAUAGCCCGCAAAGCAUUGACCUUGCUGCUCUCCAUCUGCAUCCCAGCUCUCUACGUGUUGUUGGUGGCCACAGAGCACAUGGAGUAUGUCAGAACAUUCAAGAAGAAGGAAGAUCUCCGCAACCGCCUGUUCUGGGUCAUUGUGGACAUGCUGGAUGUGCUGGACAUCCAGGCCAACCUGUGGGAGCCUCAGAAGAAAGGGCUGCCACUCUGGGCCGAGGGCAUCAUGUUUUUCUACUGCUACAUCUUGCUCCUGGUCCUGCCGUGCGUGUCCCUGUGCGAGAUCAGCAUGCAGGGGAUCGGGAUCGUGCCGCACCGGAUGAUGCUGUACCCCAUGCUGAGCAUGCUCACCAUCAACAUCACCACCAUCUUCAUCCGAGGCAGCAACAUGGUCUUCUUCAGGGAUGCCCGGGUCUCCAGCAUCUUCAUGGGCAAGAACAUGCUGGCCAUCGGGAUGAAGGUCUGUAUGUUUGUGCAGUACCAGCGGCACCGGCACCACACGCCCCCGGGGCCGGACCCGCAGCACAGCACGCCGGCCCAGCUGCCCACGGGGCUGCGCAAGGCCCGGGACCAGCCCGCCUGCCCCGAGGAGCUGGCCCAGGACAACACGUGACGAGGCAGCAGGAACCACAGCCUGGACACGCCCGUGCCUGGCCGUACCUACAAACCCGGGGUAGGCUGCGGAGCUCCCCGCCUGGACAGAGGGCAAUGACCCUGCUCCCUCCUUCCCUGGGUGAAUGCGCUCAGGGCCCCGAGGGGCGCAUGGCGAGGGCCUCACAGCAGCCUCUCUAAGGCUGCAGAACAGUUUGGAACCUCAGCACCCCAACCUGGUAAAACAGCGGAGCAGGGGAGGAGGCCAGGGCCGCCUGUUGCUGUGUCUGGGUGAGGCCAGGCAGCCCUACCCUGGGCCAGGCUCCCCAUGCAGCACUGCUCUCUGGCCAGCCAGGGUGCCACACAGGGACACAGCGGGUCACCUGCUGUUCUGUUGUGGCUGGCCCUGCCUCCAGUGUGGUCCUUGGCAGCAGCCUGCUCCCCACUGUGUGAGUCGAGGUCCCCAUGCAGCGGGAGCAAGGCCUGGGCCUCCCCCUGCUGUCACCCCUCUCAGCCAGCUGCAGGCCUGGGGGGACCCAAAAAGGGGUGACUGUCCUUUUUUUGUAUCUCCCUGUUUGCAAUAAAAGACCUGAGCCCUGCA